CCAGUGCACACCAACAUGGGAGCCGCGGCGCUGCCCUCGCCCGUCGCCUCACAAGGGUCACCAGUCACCCUCUGGCCGCCGCGCAGAUAGGACGUCUCAAGGGACAGGGUGGAUUUCAGUGCCGGGCUCUUGGUGAAGCAGAGCAUCGUACUGGAAUCAAACUUCCUUCGAAAACUUGACGAUGGAUCUCCCAGAGGAACUUCAAGUGGUGCGUCCUGCCCUCACUGUGACUAAGAGGGACCACACUUACCAGUAUAGCCCCGGGGAGAAGCGAGGUUUGUGUGAAUCGUUAGCAUAUCAUGCGCGAGAAUCCUGCCGCUGUGACCGUGGCCGCGCGUGGAGGGCAGUGACGGCCAGGCUGCCUAUCUUGUCCUGGCUCCCGCGCUAUAACUACCGCACCAACCUCAUGGGAGAUGUUAUUUCAGGCUCGACCGUGGCCAUCAUGCACAUCCCGCAAGGAAUGGCAUACGCGCUCCUGGCGGGGCUCCCACCUGUCGCAGGCCUGUAUAUGGCUUUCUUCCCUGUUCUGGUGUACGUGCUAAUGGGCACGUCUCCUCAUGUCUCCAUGGGAACGUCCGCUGUUGUAAGCAUGAUGAUGGGGCAGGCGGUUGGUGACCUCUCCUCGAGCACCGAAGGAUCUCCAGAGGGCUCUCGCAACGAAAGUCUCAUACAGGACAGUGCCAAUGGUACAUCUGAAACCUACACUCCAUUACAGGUCGCCUCUGCGCUGUCUCUGGUUGUCGGGGUUUGGCAGAUAGUGUUCGGUCUGCUGCAUCUGGGCGAGGUCUUCGGAAGGUUCCUGUCAGACAUGCUCAUCUCGGGCUUCACGACAGGGUUGGCCUUCCAAGUCCUCACGUCACAGGUCAAGUCCCUCUUCGGUAUCUCGGUGCCACGACACAGCGGGCCCUUCAGUAUAAUCAAUACGUACGUGGAUAUCAUCAGUCAGUUGCUGUCAGCCAACAUCACUGUCAUAAUUGUGUCAACCAUUACGAUAAUCAUUCUCGUGAUUAAUAAUGAACUCAUCAAGCCCCGGGUGAAGAAGGUCACGAAGCUGCCCGUCCCGAUCGAGCUGAUGGUGGUGGUGGCUGGUACCGUCGCCUCCUACUUCCUCGACCUCAACAAGAACUACAAUGUCCGUAUUGUUGGGGAUAUUCCUACGGGCAUGCCCUCGGCCUCGGUACCGCCUCUGGAGCUGCUUCCUCGCCUCGUGGUGACCGGGUUCAUCGUGGGCCUCGUGGGCUACACCACCACCUUCUCCAUGGCCAAGCUCUUCGCCAAGCAGAAGGGCUACACAGUCGACGCCACGCAAGAACUCUACGCUGAGGGCGCAAGCAACGUCUUCGGCGGCUUCUUCUCCAAUGGCCCCGUGGCUGCCUCCAUGUCCCGUUCCCUCAUCCAAGAAAGCGUGGGCGGAGUCACCCUCGUCACGCCUCUCAUCUCCAGCGGUUUCAUUCUCCUCAUUCUGCUCUUUGUCGGGCCCUUGUUCGAGACUCUGCCGAAUUGCGUUUUGUCGUCCAUCAUCGUGGUGUCUCUCAAAGGGAUGUUUAUGCAGUUCCACGAGCUGGUGGCGCUGUGGCCUGUCUCCAAGCUGGACGCUAUCAUCUGGGUCUCCACCUUCCUCACCUGCGUCGUCAUCAACAUCGACUACGGCCUGUUUGUGGGCAUCGGGGUAUCCGUGCUUGUGCUCCUCUCCCGGUCACAGAGUCCCUCGCUGCAGCGUCUGGGUCGCGUUCCCGGGACCGAUCUCUAUCUCGACUGUGACAAAUAUGCGACGGCCCAGGAAGUCGCCGGCAUAAGGGUCGUCAGGAUCGGCGGUGCCCUUCACUUCGCCAACAUCGCCCAGGUCAAGGAGGAGCUUCCUGCGGCGGCGGGUUUGGGUGAAGCUGGGCCUCCAACACAGCCGGGUGUUUACAGCGCCUCGGGGAAUACCUUUAAGGCGACAGUGGAGACGAUGCUAAGUAACGAAUCUAUAUCGGGUGAAAAUAACCAAGAAACCGAUUUCGAAGGAUAUUCCAAAAAAGUCGAGAAGAGAGAGAUUCUUGGCAGCGACGACCAGCGAGCGACCGCUGGCACAACGACCAUCUCCAUGCCGGAUACACUGUGGCUGGUCCUGGACAUGAGCUGCGUCAGUUUCGUGGACUCGAGCGGCGGGAAACUGUUGUCCGAACUGCACAAACAACUCGAGGCUUCCAGUGUCAACUUGUGCCUAGCUGCCCCGUCUGAAAAAGUCCUGAAGCAGCUCGAGCGCUGCGGAACGCUGGACGUCCUGCCGAAGGAGCGGCUGUUCCACUCGGUCCACGACGCGGUCACGAUCCUGUCCCGCGGCGCCGCGCCCUCGCCCGCCCGAAGCCCGGAGCCGAGGGAGGCCAGCGUGACGCGGCUCUGAAGCGGGCGGGUCCAGGAGGCGCCGCUGUACUGUCUCUCAGGGAAUUUAGUUCAUAGAGCUAGAAGGAUGUACAAUAGUUUGUUUCGUAGGUAAAUUCGAAAAAUGUGUAAAGAAUUUCGUAUUUAGGUACGUGUAUAUAUGUAUGUUUAAAGGCAUAAAUGUGAAUACAUACAUGCAUACAUAUUUAGAUGUAUAUGUCUUACGUAUGCAUGUAUGUGUGUAUGUAUGUGUAAAUGUAUAAAUAUAUAUAGAUGUAUGUAUGUGAAAUCUACAGUAGGGCAUUUAUUUGUUAAUGGUGUUGAGAUGUUCAUAUUCGCUACCAUUCCAUUAAACUCUACUCCCUUAAGGCUAUAACACCUUGGAGGGAAGCUUCGUUACUAUUCUUUUCCCUAGGUCGAAACAGGGGCUUAUCUCGAUGAAGGUCCGCUCAGCAUCUGCCCCAUCGUGAUAAGCCCCUACUUUAACACAGGUUACGCAAACUGCACUACAAUCACACAUCGCAUGCGCAUGUUAUCCUCACCAAACUGCGUCUUCCUGUAGUUGGCAGAUUGUCUUCUAAGUUCACUCUUGUCCUAGAAUCAUGCGGGUGAAAAUCAUUGCUUUCAUUUUUUUGUAAUUUUUUUGUUGUUGGAAUGGCGAUAAUCAAUAUUAUUGUCAUCACUGCUAUUGGUAUCGUCACUGUUAUCGUCUAUCAUAUUCUAUUGUGUAUCUGGACUGCAAAUAUAAUUUUCAUUAUUAAAUAUUUUUGUAUUUAAUGUUUUGUUAAUCUCAAUGUAGGUACUUCCCCAGACCUCAACAGCUGCCAGAUAUUUUCCUUAGCCAUAAAAAAGUUUCUAAAGAAUCCGUUCUCUGCAUAAAUACUGUCACUAUUUAUCUUAUCAAUCCUCUCCAUUUCUUCGUUAUAAUCUGCUGGGUAUAUGAAUAGAUCGAUACUUAACUGAUUUAAUAUCUUUUGUCUCCUUUCGUGUUUCUUUGAGUUUUUUCUUUACCUUUUCCUUUCUAUGUGUGAUGUAUGGCAAUUCUGGAUUUUUUUUCUAAAAACAUCUGAAUUCUUCCAGAAUCAGUAAGUUUUCGUCUUAAUCAAGUUCAUAACUUUAACAAACAAUUUAAAUUAGAUAUCCAUCCUUUAUCAUCAUGCCUGCAUUUGCAAUCGCUAAGUGCUUGCUUCUAAUUUUAAGAAAGAAAAUCUGGCAACUCACCCAAGACUCUGGAGAACUCCGAUUCGCUGUCUCUUCGAAAAAAAAAGGAUAAAAAUAAUAAAUAAAAAUAAAAUAAAUUGGCGUUAAACCAUAAGAAUACUGUCUAUAAUUGCAGGCGCACAGACAUAAGCACCAAGUGUCAGCUGAUUAGAAAAGAAAAGAAAAGACGAAGUGGAGUCCGGGUGAGUUGCCAGUUUUUCUUUUCCUGUCCCGUUCGCUGCACAUUUCCAUUUCGUCCGCGCCCAUUUCACUUGGCUCGGGAUGUCCUUUGCGUCAGGACCACGGAACGUAAACCUUUUGCUUUGUUUGAAUGAAAAUGUAAUUUAUGUAUUCUCACAUUUGAAAUGUUAUCAUUAUGAUCCUUACUAGCAUAUUAUUAUUAUUGUUAUCACUAUUAUUGUAAUGAUAACUAUUAUUAUUACUGUUAUCAUUUUAUUAACUCAUUUGUUCUCAUUACCAACAUCAUUAUUGCCUUAUCAUAACUGCUAUAGUUCUGAUCAUUUAUACCUUGAUAAAACUUGAUUAUUCAUUAUUACUACCAUUCCUUCAGAUAUACUAUGUUAUUAUUCUUUCCUCUGAAGGAGGAAAUUAUUUAGCUGUUUAUGGAAGGAAACUACGAAGUCAUUUUUAUAUUGUAAAUGUAAAUCCAAAUAAACAGUAUUAUUAUGUCAAAA